GAAGCUGUCAGUAUAGCUCUAAAUAGACGAUCAAAGGGAAAUCUUCCUCUUAGGAGGGGGAUGGUUCUGCUUCCUGCUGCCACCAAACCAACUUGUUCUCGUAGAUUUGUGGCAUCGCUAUUUUUGCUGUCACAUCCAACUCGCCAUCUCUGUACUGGUUUUCAGGCAACAGUAUACAUCGGUUCGGUUCGACAAACGGCAGCCAUUGUCGAUAUCGACAGACCAUCGCUCGAACAAGGAAAAUGGGCGACUGUGAUGUUUGAGCUCAUGAAUAGUCCGGAAUAUAUUCGACCAGCAACGCCGCUCAUAUUUCGACAGGGAAAAACUAAAGGAAUGGGGGAAGUCUUAGAAGUUUUCGAGUGCUAA